AUGCCUCGAGCAGAAGUGGGAUCAACCAAGUACAUCGCCAACCAGAUGAAGUCGAAGGGACUUCAACGGUUGCGAUGGUACUGUCAAGCAUGUCAACGGCAAAUGCGGGAUGAAAACGGCUUCAAAUGCCAUGUUGCCUCCGAAUCCCACGUCCGCCAAAUGCAGCUGAUUGGCGAAGAUCCUCGAAAAGCCAUCAACGACUAUUCAAAUCAGUUCCUACGAGACUUCAUACAACUCCUGCGCACAGGGCACGGCGAGAAAAAAGUCAACGUAAACCAAUUCUACCAAGAGUAUAUUUCAAAUAAACAGCAUAUUCAUAUGAAUGCAACCAAAUGGAGUAGUCUGACGGAAUUUGCAAAGUACGUGGGCAGAGAAGGGAUGUGUCGCGUGGACGAGGAUGAGAAGAACGACAGCCGCACUGGCGCAAGCGGGCUCACGAUCAGCUGGAUUGACAACAGCCCCGAGGCACUGCGGCGGCAGGAGGCGAUCCGAAAGAAGGAAAGACAAGAUCGUGGUGAUGAAGAACGGGAACAACGAAUGAUACAGGAACAGAUCCGAAAGGCGAAGCGGCAGGGGUUGGAUGACGCGACGGAAGAUGAAGAGCAACAAGAUGAUGAGACACAGGGUGCAGGUGAAGGUAUCAAACGAAAAGGUGGAGAGAAAAUUGUCCUAAAUUUUGGAGCAAUUAAACAGACAUCCGAGGCCGCAAACCCACCAACUCCUCCUCUCUCGGAGAGAGACGAAUCAUCAUCUGACAAGGAGAAGGAGAAUACUGCAACGCCGACAUCACAGUCUCCACCAACAAUAUCACCCACAAUGUCCAGCGACUCCAAAGCAGCGCAAACUUCUGCGAAACAGCCUAUAUCCAUGUCCCUUGGCGGCUCGUCAGCCAAGCCGAAGAACGUAUUCGCCGUAUCUUCCAAGAAGAACCCCUUGGGUGCCACGAGAAAAUCAGCCGGCCCUAUUCAACAAAGACCGAUGAGCGAGGCGGAGCGAAUCAUGAAGGAAGAGAUCGAGCGAAAACGGCAGCGGGAAGCUAACGGUGUCCAUGGUGGGAAUGUUUUCAAAAAGCAGCGGGUCUAA